AUGGCUUCACUGCAAGCAAAGACUGACGCGGUCAAGACGGCCCUAACGUCUAUAUCGACAUGCACAACCGCUACCGUUGUGACGCUCAAGGAGUUACUGUUGCUCGACGGCGACAGCUCAACAAUGACAUCACAGACCAGCUCGCGAACCACAUCCAAGACGACAGCAAACCCGAAGACGAGAAGAGCAGCGCCAGGUAAAGCCCAGACAGCAAAGUCCAGCAACGAGCAACUCUCCUCCAAAGACCGUGCUGCCCUCGCGACGCAUGUAAUCAAUGUCUGUAUCAAAUCCCUAAACGAAGCCGCGAGGCCAUCGGUUCCUGCGACUCCUAGUAAGCGACAAGCAUCUCAAGGUGACUUGAAGAAAGCUCCCGGACCCCGAACAUUGCGCAGGUCACUAUCUGCGCCGUUGUCACCGUUACAGCCCCGAACCUUGAACCGAGUCGCUACUUCACCUAAUGUCACAUCCAAAGCAACAUCCCAAUCGUCACCACAAUCAACGGGAUGUCUCGCUGUCGUCGAGUGCGCGCGCACCGCUUUUUCCUGCCUACGAUCUAUCAUGGGCUGUGUUCAACCUACUCAAACAGAUUUCCAACUCGAGAACGGAAUGUCAGCAUUCAUCGGCAAGCUUCUGGCUCUAGGAUUUCAGGACCAGGCACUCAAGGAGCUAAGGAUCUUGAAACGAAGGCUGGAUGCUGGGGUUAACAAAACAGCAAAACCAGCACCAACCGAGGGACAAACGGCGGCUCAAGUUAUUGCAGAAUUGCUUGACUUUGGCGAAAAUGUCCCCGACAACAUGCUUCCCGUGGUCACCAGCUGCCAGUUCCAAGUUCUGCGAUGGAUUUCGCACGCCAAAAAGCCAACCCAUAUCGAAGCCGCAUUGCCAUUCCUUGAGCAAUCACAUGCGUCUUCACCUGUCAAGCUUUAUGAGAGAAUGGGAGCCAAAGACGAAAAGGAAACACAAAAGGUAGCUCGGCAACUGGCAUCUUUAUCACAGACAAUCUUGUCAUUCGCGCCCAGUGUGUCCAGCAAGGAGGAUCAAGUUGCAACAGAAACGAGAUUAUGCCCUUCUCCUACCUCAGCAUUUAAGUUGCAAGUGUUGUGCUUUAAGAUUCAGCUCAAGUGGUGGAAGAUGGCCGGCCAUCGUGGAAGUAUCGACGACGACAUACUCUCGCCAUUUUCUCGUUGCGUGCGCGCAUAUACUCGACGACAUCCUACCGCUAAUGGACCAACAUACGGGUUGAUUGCUGCGUCAUAUCAAGAACUGAUGGAGCUGAUGGGUUCUGAGAAGUCACAAGCCAAGACUACGACCGAGUCCCCCCUAACUUUACUUUAUCAGCUUCUGGGUGUUGCAGCUCAAACGGAUCGCCAGUACGAAGCAGCAAGCCAGUGGUUCCAAACACUAAAGGACGUACUUGACCCUACGGAACACUCAGAUAUUCGCAUAUUCUCGGUCUCCGCUCGAUUACUCGCUGCUUUACUGAAGCAAUGCAAGUACGAUUCCAAGACAAAGGAGAUUGUGCAAGAAGUCACAGAAAGUCUGGAGGGAAGCUUGAGUGGCAACAUAACUGACCUCAACGAACUAUUGGACAGCCUUUCGCUGGCUCGACGGUCAGCUGUUGGACUUCUCGUGAGCAACUCGAAGGGCUCCGAGUCCAAUGACGGUAUAGCCGGUUCUAUUAUGCAAAGUCUCAAGGCAUUUAUUGUGAAAUUUCCACGAUUCGGUCGCCGCUGGCUCGGAGCUCCUCCUGGCAAGGAUGCCUCGACUAAGAGCCUUCUACAGUUCGAUCAACGACGAGAAACUUUGAUGCAGACGAUAAACCAGAUUAUCGAUGGUGCUUUGGUGGUUCUCAACGGCGAUAUUCAGAACGGCACGGUUGCAUGGAAGCAAAUGGACGAGGUUUUGUGCGAUUGCAAUAAACUAGUUGACAGUGUUCUCGACCCUACGAUUUCGAUAUCACGAAAGGAACAGCUCACCGGGUAUUUCGUGAAGAUCUCUAGUUUAUAUUUCGCAAGGUAUAACCAGCUUCGAAAAGACCUCGGCAAAUCUAAGCAGAUCAACAAGGAGAUUCUUCAGUGUUUAAGUCGAUCCAUUGAGAUGAUCCAGGAUCGACCCAUGGCACAACAGGAAAAGGCCCAGAUCUCAACAAAGCUGGAGUUGUUUGCCGAUCUUUGCAAGGCCGCAAACCGAAGUGAAGACGCGGUUCGAACAUUGCGAUCGAUCUGCACCAAUAUGAUUGAAGAGGGUGCCUUGUUAAAGGUCACAGCAGUCCUUGACUCGCAGCCUCCCAGUGUCGCUUGGAGUGCCGAUGAAAAGGCAGAGACGCUGUCGCGUACCCUGCGUUCAAUCGCCAAGCUUGACCAGUCAUGGAAUGAUUGGGCUUUCUUCCUACCCGAGAGCGAGCGAGCUGCAGUGCUUGAACAUCUGAUGCAAAUUGUCGGGGACUCGGCUUCCAAGGGAGAGCCGCUUAAAUUCCACGAUCCAUCCGUGCAGGCUCUUCUGCGUAUAUAUACACCUGAGCGCUUUCCCAUUCGCCGCCUUCGAGUUUUACUCCAACUACUCUUCCAAGUUAUUGGCGAAGAGAACGAGAUGCAACAGAUCACCAAGUUGGUCCAAGAAUUGGUUGAGCAGCUAGACAACGAAGCCUAUGGCGAGGACAGCUCCCUGGACCGUUAUGUUCCUCAUCUGAAGACCCUGGAGAGAUCGGUGACAGCUUUGGCUGUUACUGAUGCUCCUCUACCCGUGUCGAUACUCAGAGACGCCGUCAUUUCUUGGAGAUCCAUGACCGAACUUUGCAAGUCAAGAAGCGAACUCUGCGAGCUGAUUGACAACCCAGACGGUCUUGUUCUACACCUACAGUCAGCCAGUCAACUCGCCAGUCUACGAGGAGAACAUGGUCUGCAACUGGAGAUCUUGGAACUAUCAACCCCUUUGGCUAAAGUACUCGCCGAACCAACACACAAUAACGUGAUUCUCAAUCAAACACUACUCGCAUCCCAGCACCUCAACAUUGGUCAUUUUACUGAAGCAAAGGAGACACUCGAUGUGACAAAGAAGCUGUUGGACGAAGCAGAGGGUGUUUCUCGCGGACUGGUUGCCGGAUUUCAUCUUACCCAAGCCGAGUACUAUUCUGGUAUCGGUGACAUUGACGAAGCGAAUUCUUCCCUGGCGGCUGCCAAAGCAAUCUACAACGGAUCUACCUCGUCGUGGGCUUUAUCAAGGUCUCAAGCUAACCUGUCUAUCGCUCUCAGCUCCUUCCUGGAUUCGGUUCUCGCGCUGAAGCGAGGCCAAGUCCAAGAAGCCCUGACUAGCGUCAAAUCCAGUGUUCGGGUUUUAUCACACGACUGGUCCAAGAUAGAAGCAUCUACGUCCCGAGCUACUAGCCCGAGUGUCAUGAGCACUUCAACUACCAGCCUGGAUAGUGUCACCACUGGUGCGAAGCUUGGCCAGGUGAUUGGACCACGAUUCUGGGCACUUGCGUUUCCCCUUCUGCGGGGCCUCCUGCAUGUGUCUUCUGUGUAUGCUCAUCUUGGCAUGUAUCAAGAGACCAUUUACUAUGCCGAAUCUGCUCAGAAGAUCGCGGAGACCACCGGUUCGCCACUCUAUCGAGCACAGGUCCUGGCCUGGAUAGGCUCUGUUUAUCAUCGCGCUGGAAAGCUGACCAAAGCUCUCGAGUAUGGUAACGAGGCUUUUAUGGAGUUGCCUCAGGAUAUCUCUGCCUCUCGAGUUAGGGUUGCCUGUCAGUUAGGUAGCCUGUUCCGCGAUACGGGUAAUGAGAGCAAGGCUCGUCAGCUCCUUGAGCUUGCGGAGGAAACUGCUCAGCGCCUUGGGGAUCACGGCAAGGUGCUCAGCAUUCAAAACGAAGCUAAGAACACUGCUCCCGCUGCUGCCAAAGCACGAGCUGCUACCACCUCACGCGCUACACGUGCUACUGUUAGGACAACCCGAGCCAGAGCUGUGGCGGCUCCGGCCACAAAGGCUCGAAAGCGGCAGGCAACGGCCAAGGGUCAGCUAUCUACUACGGAAGUGCCCAAACUGCCCAAGGACGCCUAUCAGGCUUCUCUGAUGGCUUCAGUCAUUCUGUCCCGAGCUCUGGGUUUCAUCAGCCAAAAGGACUGGUCAUCCGCUCUGUCAACUUUGGAGCUUGCCAAAGAAUUACCAAAACUGUUCGGCACCCUCUCUCAGGAACAGGUUGUGACAGCGAUCUCUCUCAUCGGCCAUAGUACGGAACAGAUGAUUCAUGAUCCCGUCUUCUCUGUUGUCCAGGACUCGACAAUCUCCUUCCCUGCGGUUGCAGCUUCGGACAAAGCGAGACGCUCACUAAGCCAGACGCCUCCUCGCAAGGGACGCGCAGCUGCAUCAGCUACCGAACGAAAAGGUCCGAAGGAGGCCAGUGUUCCUGCGUUCGCCGAAGCAUUGAGGCAGGCUCAAGAGCUUCUUCUAGAGGCACAUGCUUCAACUCUUUCAACUGCUAAUAGCACGAUGGUUCACCGAAUUUCGGCUUUGCUCCAGAAUACAGUCAUUCUUCUUUCCGCCACAUCAACAACGCAAUCGAAGGUUCUUGCCAGCUCAGGAUUUGCUACCUUCUCUGUCGAUUUGGCUCGUAAUGUCACUUGGAAGCGUGAGCAAAGUACACUCCAGAACAAGGAGUGCCCCAAGGAGGGCGACUCUGAGUUCACUCACACUUCAAGACGAGAUAGCCUCGGGCUUACAACCGAGAUGGCUAAAUUCCAAACAGAUUACAUCGAGUUAGUACCCCAUAAGUGGAGUGUGAUUUCCAUUUCUUUGAGCGACAACCAUCAUGACUUGUGCAUCACCAAAUUCCGAGCAGGUCACAGCCCUUUUAUUCUCCGACUGCCGCUCGAGCGUGCCAACUCUCGGGAUGCGGACUCGGAGGUCUUCAACUUUGACCAUGGAAAAGAGGAGAUGAUGGAAAUCAUUCGGCUUGCUAACGAAACAAGCCACUCUGCCAGCCGCGACUUCAGUGUUAAGGGUGCGAAAACUGCAUGGUGGGCCGAGCGAGAGGCAUUGGACGGACGACUCAGAGAUCUCCUUGGCACAAUCGAGACAACUUGGCUCGGCGGUUUCAAGGGCAUCUUCUCUCAGCACGAGCGUCGACCUGAUUUACUCGCGCGUUUUCAAAAGAGCUUUCAGCAGGUCCUCGACACCAAUUUACCUUCACGAAAACAGGGCCGAGGCAAAAAAACAACAAAGACAUCCAAAGUGUCACUCGACCCGCGAGUGCUCGAUCUCUUCAUCGGUCUUGGUGAUCCCAGUGACCCAGACAGUGAUUAUGAUGAGGCACUCAACGAUCUGCUCUAUUUCGUCGUCGACAUUCUUCAGUUCCAUGGAGAACGCAACGCUUACGACGAAAUUGACUUCGAUGCAAUGGUGGUCGAAACCUACGAUGCUCUACGUGGUUACUACAAUGCUUUAAAGACAGGAACAGACCGAGCAGAAGAUGCCCAUACAGUGUUGGUAUUGGAUAAAGCUCUCCAUGCUUUCCCUUGGGAGUCAAUGCCAUGCAUGGAAGGUCUCGCGGUUUCGCGUGUGCCUUCUCUUGCUUGUUUACGGCAGCUCAUUACAGAAUCUCAACCACUUGCGGGUAACGAGACUUCGGAAGAUGCGCCCGAGGGUCACUAUGUCUCUGCCGAACGAGGAACUUACAUCUUGAACCCCUCGACUGAUUUGGUUAACACGCAGUCCACUUUUGAGCCAAUUAUGAAGGGCUUCAGAAACUGGGACGGCAUCAUUAAUCGCGCUCCUCAAGAGUCUGAGUUUGAGAAAGCGCUGUCAAACUCUGAGAUACUCCUCUACUUUGGUCAUGGAAGCGGAGCGCAGUAUAUCCGAGCGCGUGCCAUCCGUCGUCUCGAGAAGUGCAAGCCAGCAACAUUCUUGAUGGGGUGUAGUUCAGCAUCGUUAACGGAAGCCGGAGAGUUCGAGAACUAUGGGCCAGUGUGGAACUACAUGAUGGCAGGAUGUCCAGCUGUAGUAGGCACACUAUGGGAUGUGACGGAUAGGGACAUUGAUCGGUUCGCGGGCCGAUCGUUUGAGGAAUGGGGAUUGUUGCCCAAGGGCACGUUCAAGGAGGAUAAGCGAGGCAAGGGCAAGAAUCGGGCCUCGGGCGAGGACGAGACUACGACGAGUGGCUUGGGAGAGGAUGGGAAGGUAAUGCGCAACGUGUCACUGGCCGAAGCGGUUGCGCGAUCCAGAGAGGUGUGUAGAUUCAAGUAUCUCAACGCCGCUGCGGUGGUACUGUAUGGGAUCCCGGUGUAUAUCAAGGACAAAGAUGACGAGUAA